ACCAGGAACCGGCCCGAUUGGGCAAUCAUUAAUCGGAUUUUUGGCAUUCCUCAGCCCCAGGUCGCCUUGGGAAACAUGUUCCCUGGAGGAGGAGGAGCCGAGGCCCAGGACUGGCAUUUGGACAUGCAGCUGACAGGCAAGGUGGUGCUGUCUGCUGCCGCUCUGCUCCUGGUGACUGCAGCCUACAGGCUCUACAGGUCGAGACUUGCCCGGGCCCCGCUGUGGGGCGGGAAUGCCAAGGCCAAGGCUGAGGAGGAGGCAGAGGGCUCCAGGCAGCCCGACCUCCAGGGGGCGGCUCCCAGGACGCCCCUCCGAGAGCUGAGACGAAGGAAGGGAAGCAAGGGCUGCAGCUGGGAGAAUCCAGGGGGCUCCCCAGUCCUGGCAACGGGAGCCCCUUCGCGGGACUCAGAAGCUGGAGAGACUCAGAAGCCCGAGAGGAAAGGUGCUGGUGAGGACUGGGGUGGGCAGUGCCCGGACUCUGGCCCGGCGCCUCCUCACCGCAGUGGCCAGGAAGCCAGCACAACUGUUGGCGGUAAGGCCGGGCUGCCCCGCCGCUCCCGUCUGGGCAGUGAACCUGGAAGCUCCCCCACUGGCCUCGCCGUGGUGGACGGCGGCAGCGUGGGCAGCAAGCCUGCUCCACGGCGGGAUGGCAGACCCUCCGAGUGGCCGGGGACCGGGGAGCAGGAGUCGCCCCAGCAGCCCUGGACGGCCCACAGGGAAGGCAAGAGUGACAUGGACAAGAGCUGGGUCUUCCCCCGAGUGAUGGGGGUCCGCGGGGAAGAAGCUGGGGCCCUGCGGGCUGCCUCAGACAUGGGCUUGGCUCUGCAUCAGCAGGAGGGGGCCACCAGCGCCUCUUACACCUUCUCGUCGGUGGCCCAGGUUCGAGUGGAGGGGAGUUUCAUACAAGAGAAGGCGGAGGAGACCAGGCCUGGGCUGCAGGGCAAGGUGUAUGAAUACUAUGUCGAAUCCACCUCCUGGGCCACGUCCAGGGGCAGGCUGGCCCCCGGGACUGCAGCCCUGGCUGAGGCUCCACUUCCUAUGCCAGGUCCCCUGGGAACAGGGGCAGCCUUCGGAGGCCAUGCCGAUGACCGAGAAGGUGUUGCCCAUACGGCCACCUCCUCCCAGCCUGUGCUGUUGCCCCCCACACAAGGCUUCGGCAGGAAGGAGAGCCUCCUUCAGAUCAUGGAGAACCCAGAGCUGCAGCUGCAGCUGCACGACUUUGGGGCCCUUGCUCCACCCCGCCUAGACCAGAGUGCCCCAUCUGGCUGCUCCGUAGCUGGGGGAUCUCUAGAGUCCAGCUCGGCUGGAAGCGGCGGAGAGCCCAACCUACUGCUCGUGGCUGGGACCAAUUUCUUCCACCUCCCUCUCACCCCAGGUUCAGCCCCAGAUGUCCACCUGGAUCUGGGUAAUUGCUGUGAGGUACUGACCUUGGCCAAAAGGCAGAACCUGGAGGCCCUGAAGGAAGCUGCCUACAAGGUGAUGAGUGACAACUACCUCCAGGUCCUGCGCAGCCCGGACAUCUAUGGGUGCCUGAGUGGGGCAGAGCGGGAGCUGAUCCUCCAGAGACGGCUCCGGGGCCGGAAGCACCUGGUGGUGGCUGAUAUGUGCCCCCAGGAAGACUCUGGCCGCCUUUGUAGCUAUGACGAUGAGCAGGAUGCCUGGCACCUGCUGGCCCACCUGCCACCUGAGGCCGUGUCCCGAGGCUGUGCCAUCUGCAGCCUCUUCAAUUAUCUCUUCGUGGUAUCCGGUUGCCAGGGGCCUGGGUGCCGGCCUUCCAAUCGAGUCUUCUGCUACAACCCGCUGACGGGGAUCUGGAGUGAGGUGUGCCCACUGAACCAAGCCCGGCCGCACUGCCGGCUGGUGGCCCUGGAUGGGCACCUGUAUGCCAUCGGGGGCGAGUGUCUGAACACGGUCGAGCACUAUGACCCUCGCCUGGACCGCUGGACCUUUGCCCCGCCGCUCCCCAAUGACACCUUCGCCCUGGCACACACGGCCACAGUGUGUGCCGGUGACAUCUUCGUCACAGGCGGCACGCUGCACUACCUGCUGCUCCGUUUCUCGGCCCAGGAGCAGCGCUGGCAGGUUGGCCCCACGGCGGGCGGCAAGGACCGCACAGCCGAGAUGGUGGCGGUCAAUGGCUUCCUUUACCGCUUUGACCUCAACCGCAGCCUGGGCAUCGGCGUGCACCGCUGCAGCGCCAGCGCCCGCCUCUGGUACGAGUGCGCCACGUACCGGACGCCAUACCCGGACGCCUUCCAGUGCGCCGUGGUGGACAGCCUCAUCUACUGCGUGGGGCGCAGGCACAUGCUUCGCUUCUUGGCCGACCACAUCUCGCCCAGGUUUGUGCCCGAGGAGCUGCAGAGCUUCCCCUCCCCGCAGGGCACCCUCCUGCCGGCUGUCCUGACCUUGCCGGGCCCCGAUGUGUCUCAGACCAGGGUCUAGCAGCCCCUCUGCUCGGUUCCUCCUGCAGAACUGGAGGCGAAGAGCAGCCCCUGACCACUGCUCCAUGGGCCAUUUCUGGUGGCCAAGACUUUGGCCAGGAAGAGGUUAAUUCUAGUCCUCCCUUCUGCACUGGCUGCGGCUCUGAGAGGUCAGUGGGCUGCAGAGGCCCGGUGUGAAUAGAGAACUAGGAACUGGUGUUUGGAGGCCGACAGUAGCCAUGUCUGCAGGGAUGGCCACCACCUUGCUUCAAAACUGAAUUUGGGGGUGCGGGGGGGCUGCCAGGACCCCAGCAAAGUUCAGGGGCACGACCUUAUUACAACUGUGAUUCAGGUGCCAGUUGACCCCCAGUGAUCCUUCAAAUUGACUCUGCUAAAAUGGGCCACCUCUCUAUAAGCCACCAGGGUCCCUUCCGAACCAUUGACUCCUGGGCCUCAACCGCCAAGGUUCCCAGAAGCACCUGGAACACACAGGUGGGAAAAAUGAAGGGAGAUGGUUCUGGCAAGACUGGAAAGAGCCGGGGGAGCCCCAGGGGCCCGGGCAGGGGGAGAGAUGGUUGGUGAAGUACAACAGCUAAAGUCGGAGGACUUUGGCCUGCGGAGUAAAUUAACCAAAGCCCACUUGGCUUUUUCUCAUUCCCUGGGAUUCUAGUGUGAGUAACCUCCAUGGCUAGUGACCGUUGAACAAGGUACAUCUUCUUGUAGGGGUCUACUAAGAAUACAAUUGAUUCUAUAUCUGAGGCCUUGGGAGAGGCAGGAGAAGGUGUAGUCCACGGGCCACCCUCCCCCUGGGCCUCUGCUUGGGCCCAUUGUUAAGGGACCACUGACUUUCUCCCCAGAUCUGAGAACCCUUCAAAGUAUAGCUCUCCAAGCAGGAGCUAGGAGCAGCCACUGCCAGUCAGCCCUUCCAGUGACUGUUGAGAGGUGAUGGCAUAAUUUGCCCUUCCUCCUCCAUGUUGUCACCUAGUCGGCCUCAUCAGACAGGAGAGGACCAGCGAGGGGCGGGCCCAUGAUGGAGCUGAGGAACUAGAAGGUUCUAGCGGCACCUCAGGAGACUGGGAUCUCUUUUCACAUCAGAUUUGGUAACUUCUGAAUGGGAGGAGACCUUCCAAACUCAGGAAGCUACCAGUUCUCCCAGAGGGAAGGGAGAGAGACUGGUCCAAUCGAUAACCACAGCCCUGUUCCAUCUCUAAGGGAGACACACAUGCGGAUACAAGAUCAGCCAUGCUCUUGGCCCCAGGCAGAAGCCAGGGGAGCUGGGACUCCAAUGUGACGAGCAGCAUGGAGAAGAGAAAUAGAGAUGGAGGGGAGAACAUGCACCAGGUGGAGCGGGACAGGUGGAAGAUAAGGUUGCUUAGGACUUCGGCAUCCCUCUCUUGAAAAUGAGGAGAAUGACUCAUGUCCUUAUCUGCCUAGGGUAUAAAUGAGAGUAUCUGGAGAAAGCUCUUCCCAAGAUCCCAAGUGUCCCAGGCAGGAGCUGUGUUCACUGCAGCAGCUGGGGCUGAGCUGGGGCUUCUUUCGGAAGAUGCAAGAUUAGAACAAAGAACGAGAAGGAGGUUGGCACAAAGAUGAAGACCUUUAUUGGAGCUCAGAAGACCUAGGGCCUGGGAAGUGAGGCUGCUUAAUUUAUUUCUAAAUUGGAGGCUGGGAGAGGAAAGUCAGCUGGCACCAUGGCCAGCACUGGGGAAGAGCGACUCUCCCUCCCCCACCAAGGCCAUGCCCAAGGUUAGCGUCAACACUCAGGCAGGAAGGGACCCAUGGGAGGAAGGGCUCAGUGACACGACUGGUGGCAUCAGCAUUGUGGUUUCGGGCUGGGGUUUGCUUGGGAGGAGAACCCUGUGUGGGACCCAGGGCAGGUGGAACCAGAUCUAGCCCCAGGGCCAGGCCUCCAGUGAGGGGCCAGGCAGAGGGCAAGGCCACAGUGAGGCUGGGUCAAGUGUGGGAAGGGCUCCAAGCCAGGAGUGAACUAGGGAUGGCUCUGGAAGACCUUUCAGAAGCCCACAUGGUAAGGACUAGGGGAACAAUCCCAGGGACAAGGCUGCAAAGCUCGUUCCAGAACCAGCGAUGUCGGGUGUGGUCUUCAUGAAGUGAGGGAGAGCUGAGGUUUGGGUCUGGACGGACGUGGCAAGUAGCGGCACAUCGUGUCCGCCUCCCCGUGGCCCCACGGCAGACAUCGCUAGCCGAUUGUCACAUCCUUUCCUGUUGAGCUCUUAUAACAGCCUCAGCACGAGGUCGGCACAGGGCCCCAGGCGCCGACUACCGAUAGAGUAGAGCUGGUGUGUUUCUCAUCUCUGGAGCUGGGUUUAGGAAUGAGAGUGGCCAGGGGCAUCGUGGUAGAGCGAGGUAGUCCAGGGGGCCUGCAAAGACCAGCUGGGCCCGUGAUGGUCAGGGUUCAUUUACAGAAUGUCGAGGCCAGGCACCUGCAGAGAGCAUAUUCUAAUGAAGGAAAAUAGGCAAUUUUGAAAAAACAAAUACAUAAAUAAAUAGAACCCAUGUUACAUAAGUGCCAUAAAGAUAGAUAAGGCAGAGAAGUGGAAUAAUGUGAUCGAACCUCCCUGAUUAGGGGACAUUGAGCAGAGAUCUGAAUGGAAAUCUGAGAGACACAUAGACCAGGGCUCCAGAAGCCUGGCCGUGCCUCCCGAUGGGCUAUGUCACAUGGGGGUGUGGGGAGCAGGUCUGCCUCCUAGGAAGUCCAUCUAAGUGUGCGAGGAGGGUUAGGACCCAGCUGUUCUGCUUUUAUAUACAGGAGAGAAUUCUGUUCCACUAACAUUUAUAAAAGAGGCUCAUUGCACAGAGAUAAGCUACAUUCCCAAGAGAGAAGCAGAGUUCACACAGUUAGGGAUGAGAGUCAAAAUAAUUACCAGGACAUCACAGACACCACGCUGGGUGUGUGACUAAGUGUCAGCCGGCCCACAUUAUUGCCAUAAGUUCAGGGUCUAGGAUUUCCACUUGGCCUUGUUUAAUAGGCUGGUCUGUUGACCUGUCGCCCUCGGCCUCAGAGUAGUCUCUGUGUCUCUUGGCUUCUCCCUGGGCCAUCUGUCUUGCUUUUCCAAUAGGAAUUCUUUC